AUGACUAUUUUUGAUGGGUCAAAUUUUUCUGAAUGGUAUGAAAGGGUUCAAUUCUCACUGGGUGUAUUGGAUCUUGACUUGGCUUUAAUAUCUGAUAAACCUCCUGAAGCUACGGAUGACAGUACUCCGGAGCAGGUGGAACAAUCAAAAGCCUGGUCAAAAUCAAACAGACUCAGUCUGAUGUUUAUGAGAAUGACUAUUGCCAAUAAUAUCAAGACCUCUCUCCCUCAAACCGAGUUUGCCUCGGAAUUUCUGAAAUCUGUUAAGGAGCGCUUCAAACGCGCUGAUAAGUCCCUUGCAGGCACAUUGAUGGCUGAAUUGACCACCAUGAAAUAUGAUGGUCAGAAAGUUUGUCCUUAA